GCAUCACGGGACCUUAAGUCCGAGGUGUUCAUGGUCGACUCCUCCGAAAGUUCCAAUGUUGCCCCGAAGAAAGCAACGAAUGCGACUAACAACAUAGUUUUGAUUUCAUAGAUUGCCGACGCCAUGAAACCAGUCUUUGCUUUGCUCCCGCUCAUCUCUGCCGCCAUAGCGGAUUACAUCAGCGCAACCUGCCGUAACCUCACUCUCGAUCCUGCCACCGAGGUCCUCAGUGGAGAGUGCAAUGACGGACAGGGGAACAAUGCUGCCUGGCAGCCGACUUCGCUCGACCUCAACACCUGUCUCGUUUACGAUGACGCUCAAGACCAAAUCUUUAAUGGAAACUUUGGCGCUCAGUGCGACGGCUGCCAUCUCUUUUAUGUGAAGGACCCGAUCUGGGGAUAUCAGGCCCUCAACCUUGGCUGUAUCUGCUCGGGCACAGAGGCUUCGUUCGAGCUUGACAGGAGCUACAUCGACAACAAGUUUGGAAAACUCGUUUGCUGGCGCUAUUGAUUGUCUCGUGAACGACUUCAAAGCCACCUCAAGGUUC